CAAACUUCACUUUAUCAUCUGUUGCCGUAUUGAAGCAGAGAGACCUUAGCUUCAAUCUUCAGCAGUUCGAUUCCUAUCUCCUUUUUCAAUCCUCAACCAUGACUGCCACCGCGGCACAGAUUCCCGAAAACCCUAUCAAAACCCUAGUUCACUCCUCCGACCCUAAUCCCACCCCUCUUUCCGAACCUCUGCCGCACGAUUCCGCAACCGACUCCUUGAAACCACCACCACCAUCUGACGGCGCCAAAAACCAGCCCGAGAAAGAGGCGGCAGCGGCGGGGGAUGGCGGCGGCGGUCAGGCUACUGAUAUAGAGAAGAAGAUGAAGCGAGCGGAGCGGUUCGGAAUGCCGGUUCAGCUUUCCGAACAAGACAAGCGAAACACUCGAGCCGAAAGGUUUGGCACUGCAUCUGCAGCUCAGGGAUCAGAUGCUUUAAAGAAAUCGGAGGAGCAGAAGAGGAAGGCUAGAGCUGAGAGGUUUGGGCUUAACCAAUCAGAUAGUGCUGACGAGGAAGCUAAGAAGAAAGCUAGGUUGGCAAGGUUUACAUCUACCGCGAAGGCUGAUCCUGUAGAGGAAGACAAGAGGAAAGCUAGGGCCCUCAGGUUUUCACAAUCCCAGUCUGGUUCCCAAUCACAAGAGAAUGGCAAAGGAAAAAUUGAGCAGGAUACUGUUGUGGUGGAGAAGGCCGGAGGAGGAACAUAAACCACUCUCAAACUUCGUUCAACAGUGAGGCUUGCUUAUAAUGUUCUUGUUUCAGAUUUUAUUGUUGUGGGUCAUAUGAGACAGAUUAACACCAAGGAGGCGUGUUCAAGUACCUAGUAUCACUCGGUGAAUCCCUUAGGCUGUAGUCAAUAGAUGUCCAAAUUAGUAUAGAAUGACUUUGAAGGCAACUGCUUGUUCUUUUCUGUGCUUGGUAUUGAAGUUUAGUUGCAAGUAGUAGUACUUUUGUUUCUUGAAUUGUAAAGACCGUAAAUUUACAUUCUGAUUUUGUACUCUACAAACUUUCAUUGCGCU